AUGUCCGACAGCACCUUCCAUACAACUACCCAGGAUCUCCGGAAGCCUGAAUCCCAUGCCUCGCAUGCAAUGCAUGGCCAGACCCCCAAGAACUCGAAUAUCUCGGCAAUGAAGUCAAUUGUCGACCAAAACACAGACAAGAAGGCCCAGAUUGAAAGCACAAAGGCCAAUCUACCCUUGCCUGAACAACCCCCGGUGGCAAGUGACUGGAACUCUGCAGAUCAGAGGGCUGUCAAUGUUGGCUCUGGCCGUGUGGAGGGGCCCAUCUCUGGUGAAUCCAACUCUGCCCUGAGAGGGCCUGCAACAGCAUCAAGCAGCGUUCGAGAAGUUGGAGAAGAAACUCACAGGUUAACCCAGCCUACAGGCAAGGUUGGACGUCAGGCGAAGGAUAAUCUCUCUGGGUUGCCAAAGGAUGCUCUUGCACGGUAA